CUCUGCCUGUCACAGAGCCCGGAGAGCCCCCGCUCAGCUCACACCGUCUCCUUCUCUCUCUCUUCUCUGUCGUCCUUCCGUCUUUCGCAGAUCCGCCGCCGCCGCCGCAGCCAUGGACACCCCGGGCCAGAGGAGGAACAACCGCGGCCACUCGGCCACCCCGCUCUCGCCGACCCGCAUCACCCGGCUGCAGGAGAAGGAGGACCUGCAGGAGCUCAACGACCGUCUGGCCGUCUACAUCGACAAGGUGCGCUCCCUGGAGUCGGAGAACGCCGGGCUGCGCCUGCGCAUGACCGAGUCCGAGGAGGUGGUGAGCCGCGAGGUGACCGGCAUCAAGAGCGCCUACGAGACGGAGCUGGGCGAUGCCCGCAAGACCCUGGACGCCGUGGCCAAGGAGAGGGCCAGGCUGCAGCUGGAGCUGGGGAAGAUCCGGGAGGAGCACACCGACCUGAAAGCCAGGCACAAGAAGAAGGAGAGCGACCUGCUGACAGCUCAGGCUCGCCUGAAGGAAUUGGAGGCGCUUCUGAACUCGAAGGAUGCCACCAUUUCCACAGCGCUGGGCGAGAAACGCAACCUGGAAGCCGAUAUGCGGGAUCUGAAAGCCCAGCUCACGAAGCUGGAAGGAAACCUCGGGGAUGCAAAGAAGCAGCUUCAGGAUGAGAUGCUUCGCCGCGUCGAUGCAGAGAAUCGGAACCAGACCCUGAGGGAGGAGCUGGAGUUCCAGAAGAGCAUCUACAGUGAGGAGAUGCGUGAGAACAAGAGACGGCAAGAAACGCGCCUGGUCGAGAUUGACAAUGGUCGCCAGCGGGAGUUUGAGAGCAAGCUGGCGGAUGCCCUGCUGGACCUGCGUUCCCAACACGAGGGCCAGAUCGGUCUGUACAAGGAGGAACUAGAGAAGACUUACAAUGCCAAGCUCGAGAACGCCAAGCAGUCCGCAGAAAGGAACAGCUCCAUGAUGGGAGAGGCCCACGAGGAGAUCCAGCAGAGCCGCAUCCGUAUAGACAGCCUGAGCACCCAGCUGAGCCAGCUCCAGAAGCUGCUGGCAGGUAAGGAGGCCAAGCUCCGUGACAUGGAGGACGCGCUGAGCCGCGAUAGAGACUCCAACCGCCGGGCACUGGGCGAAAAGGACCGGGAGAUGGCGGAGAUGAGGGCCCGCAUGCAGCAGCAGCUGGACGAGUACCAGGAGCUGCUGGACAUCAAGUUGGCGCUGGACAUGGAGAUCCGAGCUUACCGCACACUGCUGGAGGGAGAGGAGGAGAGGCUCCGCCUCUCCCCCAGCCCUAGCGGGCAGAAGAGGGUGGCCCGGACAGGAGGGCAAUCCGCGGGAAAUGUCAGCUCUUCCUCCAAGAAGCGUAAACUGGAGGUGGCAGAUUCGCAGACCACAACUUACACUCAGCACGCCAGGACCAGCGGGAAGGUGGGCGUCGAGGAGGUGGACCAGGAAGGAAAGUUUGUCCGACUAAAGAACAAGUCCAAUGAGGAUCAGUCGCUGGGGAACUGGCAGAUCAAACGCCAGAUUGGAGAGGAUAAGCCGAUUAUUUACCGAUUCCCCCCCAGAGUCGUGCUGAAGGCCGGACAGACCCUGACGGUCUGGGCAGCCGGGGCCGGAGCCUCACACAACCCCCCCACCGACUUUGUCAUGAAGUCCCCUAGUUCCUGGGGCACCGGAGACAGCAUCCGCACCGCUCUGCUUACCUCCAGUGGUGAGGAAGUUGCGAUGCGUAAGCUUGUGCGGUCUGUGGUGGAAGUAGAGGAUGAUGAUGACAAUGAAGAGGAGGAGCAUCACCACCACCACCACCUUCCACAUGACGGUCUCAAUUCCUCCGGAGACCCCGGCGAGUACAACCUGCGUUCCCGCAACAUCACAUGCACCACCUGCGGGCAGCCGGCUGAGAAGAGCCUCGGUGCCGCCGUCGGCGGCGGAGCGUCAUCCUCUUCCAGCUCUUUCUCCACCGUCACCCGCACCUUCCGCAGCGCGGGGGGAGCCAGCGGGAGCAGCGGCAUCGGAGAGAGUCUGACACCACGCUCCUACAUCAUGGGGAACAACCAGCGCACUCAGGCCAAGCCCUGUGCCAUCAUGUAACCUCGUCCCAUCCGGCGACACUGCCACCUAUUAAAGCUAAUCCCGUGGGAUAUAUUUUGUUGUUUUUUUUUACUUUUUUUCUACGUCUUAGUAUUUUAUAGAAGGAAAAAAAAA